AUGGCUGCAUCCCCUGGGGGGAUCCCCACCGAGCUGCAAGAGGGCAUCACCGCCUUCCUGGGCACAAAGAAGGUGCUCCUGGUGCUGAGCAUCCAGCUGCAGGUGAAAUCCAAGUAUGAGGACUUUAUCUUGGUCCUGACACCCUGGCGAGCCUAUGUGCUGCCUGUGAUGCUGCCAGUGAGGGUUCACAGCAGCUUCAGCUUCCUGGAGGUGAGGGAAAUGAUGGUCCAAGAGCCCAGUGUGGUUGUCAUAGAAACAGAUGCAGCGUCUUAUGCCUUCCGGUUCAUGUCUUUGGAUGAUUUGGAGCAAGUUGUUAUCCAUGUCACCAUGUCACUUAAGAAGGUGUUUCCAGACUCAUCCCUUGGGACACUGCUCAAGAACUCCCCCCCCAAUCUGUACAAGAGGAUCCAGCAGAUCACAGACUCACUGGAGGAAAUGCUGCAGAGCAACCCUGGGCCUUGUGGGGGUUUUUCAGAGACCUACGCUGCUCUGUGUGAUUACAACGGCUUUGCCUUCCGCGAGGAGAUCCAGUGGGAUGUGGACAAUAUUUACCACAGCCAGGACUGCCGGGAAUUCAACCUGCUGGACUUCAGCCACUUGGAGAGCAGGGAUGUGGCACUGAGCGUUGCUGCCUUGUCCUUCAACUUGUGGUUCACCAAGCUCUCCUGCAAGGAUUUCAGGCUGAAUCAGGAGAUUUCAGAGCAGCUGCUCUACAUGCUCAGCAAAUCAGUGACACUGGAGGAGCUGGUGCUGGAGAACAGUGGGUUGAAAGCUGACUUUGUGCAGAGGAUGGCCCAGGCACUCAGCAGCCAUCCCAACUCUGUCCUGCACACCAUCAAUCUCUCUGGCAACCAGCUGGAAGACAGAGGGGUCACUGCCUUCAGCCGGCACAUGGAGAAGAGUUCCAAGGGUCUGCAGAGCCUCAGCUUGGCCAGGACAAUGCUCACAGCCAGAGGGAUGAGCACAUUAUGCAAGGCCCUCACAGAUAACAAAGCCAUUGGAUUCUCCCUCCGGCACUUGGACCUCUCUGGAAACCCUGGCACCCUGGCUGGGGAUGACAUCAGUAACCUGCAGAGCCUCCUCCGCCACUGCCACUCGCUCUCCCACCUCAGCCUGGCUGGCACAGACUGUCCUUUGGAUGCUCUCUUUGGAGCCCUGGUCCACGGAUCCCACACCAGCCUCAUCCACCUGGAUCUCUCCAAAAACGUGUAUUCCCACAAGAGGGUGAAAACCAUCUCUCCGGACAUCAAGGAGUUUUUCAGCCAGGCCUGCUCCCUCAGACACGUCUCCCUGGCAGGUACCAAGCUGCCUGCUGAUGUCAUAAGGGCGUUGCUGCAAGGGCUGGCAGACAACAGUCACAUCAGUGACCUGCACCUGGAUCUCAGCAGCUGUGAGCUGAGGUCAGCGGGGGCCCAAGUCAUCCAGGAUCUCAUCCCUGAUGCCAGCUCCAUCAGUCACCUGGACUUGUCUGACAAUGGCUUCGACCCUGACAUGGUGACACUGGUGCUCUCCAUUGGCAGAAGCAAAUCCAUUAGGCACGUCUCCCUGGGGAAAAACUUCAACAUCAAAUCCAAGGAAGGUCUGUUGGAUGUCCUGCACCGCAUUGUCCAGCUCACCCAGGAGGAGGAUUGUCCUCUCCAGUCAUUGUCUGUGGCUGAGUCACGCCUCAAACUGGGAACCAACGUCCUGCUGAGUGCUCUGGGCAGUAACACCAGCCUCAUCUCUCUGGACAUCAGUGGCAACGCCAUGGGGGACACAGGGGCCAAGAUGCUCGCCAAGGCCCUGCAGAUCAACACCAAGCUCAGGACUGUGGUUUGGGACAGGAACAACACAACUGCCCAUGGACUCCUAGAGGUGGCUCAAGCUUUGGAGAAGAAUUUCACGCUCAAGUCGAUGCCGCUGCCCAUGAGCGACGUGGCGCAGGCUUAUCGCAGCAACCCCGAGAGGACAGAGGAGGCCGUGCACAAGCUCCAGUUCUGCCUGACGAGAAACCAGCUGAGGCAAACGCUGCCAGCACAGACCUUCCGGCUGCAGCAGGGCAUCCUCACCACCUCCUCAGAACAGAUGGUGAAUGAGAUCUGCCUGAGUGUGCAGAAGCACGUUGACAUCCUCAGCACCUGCACGGGCAGGGAGGUGGAGUCGGACAUCCUCUGUGCUGAGGAGGCCAUCAGGAAUGCCAACCUCUCUGUCAGUAUCCUGCCCCUCUUGUAUGAAGCAGGAAACACCCCCUACCAGAAUGGCAAGCUGCAGCACAAGCUGGAGUGUCUCACGGAGGAAGCAUCGCAGACCUGCAGCCGGGAAAUCCAGGCAAUCAUGCAGGCGGUGCUGGACACGGCCCACGGCCUGUGCCCAGCUGUGGUGCAGAAGAGCGGGGUCAGGGAUCAGCUGGUCAAUGCCAUGUCAGAGAGGAUCUGCCUCCAGGACCACCUCAGCCUCAGUGCUGUCCUGGACCAGAUGGUCACCGAUGUCUUCAGCAAGCUGAAUGAAAUCAAGCUGUCCGUCACAGCUGCUGUAGCUGACUGCAUCGUGGACACCGUGCUGGGAGACCUGACCACGGCCCAGUGCAAACUGGCAGAGAGCCUCUCCAAGCAGGGGCUCGACCUCCUGGUGCUGCCGCCGGAGUCGGCUGAGGACGAUGCCACGGCGCUGGCGAGGGGCAGGAAUCCUCCGGACCUCGCUGCAGAGGAGUACAAGAUGGCCCUGCGGAGGAGAAACAAGCAUUUCAGGAGCAUUCGGCCCACACCAACUGUGAGAAGUAAGGUCACUGCUGAACUCCCCGCCGCGCCGCCGGCACGCCCUGCCUCCACAAAGGAUGCUGAGCCUGCGAGCGGCUCGCUCCCCGCCACGCAGCCUGCCACCGCCACCGGAUUCCUUAUGGACCUGCCGACCGCCGGCGAGAAGCUGGAGCAUUGCACCAAAGCCAGGCCCCGGCCCAACCGCCGGCACAAGCAGCCGCCCAGCAAGCCGAAUGUGCAGCCCGUGGCCUGUGAGAACAGUGAGGACAGGAGCAUCACCCGCGUGGACGAGGGGCUGGAGGACUUCUUUGCCAAGAGGCUCAUCACAGAAACACUGCCCCCCACAACUCCGGAGACCUGCCCAGGAUCAGCCCCUCUGGCUCCCUCUGGUUCCCGCACCCUCAAGAAGAAAAUUGGGAAUUUUUUUGCCUUCAAGAAACCCAAAUCCAGCCGGGGCUCGAGGUGUGAGAAGGAGCCCGAGGGUGGUCCCACAGCCCCUAGGAGCAGGCGCUCGAUGCUCAGUGACAUUUUACGAGCCCCCAGCAAGGCGGGCGAGUCAGGGAAGCCCUUGAGUAAAUCAGAGGAGGGGGGGCUCUCUGCUGAGCCCCACGCAGAGCCUGAGCACUGCCAGACCCCUGACUCUGCCCGGAGGAUCCGGCCCAAGUACUCUCGGGAAGGCAAAUCCCAGUCACUCAUCUUGCUGUCCGGGGAGGACGAGGAUGCACUGGGGGUCAGGCAUGACAAGAAGAGGCACCUGGAGAAGAGUGAGGGGGAGUUGUCCAGCUCCUUCGAGCAGCGUGUGCAGGUCAUGCUCCAUCGCAUCGGUGUCACCAAGGGCCCAGCUGCUGAGAGCAAGAAGCUGCAGAGCAAAGACAGCGAGAUCAAGAAAGCCGGCUCAGAUGGGGACAUCGUGGACAGCUCUGCAGACUCCCCUCCAUCCCUGAAGGCCCGCACACACUCUGUGUCCACAGACAACCGGUUGAUGGCACGGCUGGCAGCGCCACGGGGGACCAGCCGCCGAGCACUGUCCGUCCAUGAGGAGCAGCUCAGGGAGCCCGAGUGCCCGGCAGAGCUGGGAAUGGGCACUGUUCCCCUGCGCCUGCGGCGUUCGCCUGUGCUCAGGCACAGGACCAAGCACGAGUCCCUCUCAGAGAUGGAGGGUGAGCCUGGACCAACCUCGGAUGAAGGUGCCACGCUGCAGGACUGGCCCCGUGCCGGGCUGGAGGAGCCACAGGCUGGCACAGGCACUGAGAGUGAGCAGCCACAGGCCCUGGCACAAACUGUUGGGAAUGCACAAGACUCAGCUGCCAUAGACCAAAGAUGCCCAGUGCCAGGCCGGGAGGAGCCAGCCCUGGGACAGUGAAGCCCCUGCAUGUCACCACGCUGUUCCC